UUACUGUUGGCGACGUUAAAACAUUCAAAAGUAUAUUAGUCUAUGCCAUUGAUGCUGCUAAAAGUGUUGGACCAACCACAUUUGUUAGUAUCUUUAUAGAAGGAAGACCAAAAUCAAUAACCUCUGGAUUCCUAAUUGCAAAAUUAGUAGCAUAUAAUGCUAUUAUUUUAAGACCGACAGGCGACCGUAUGCCACUUGUUGGUUUCGGUUCAUGGGAAUUACCUAAUGACAAAGUUGCCGAUAGUAUUUAUCAAGCUUUAAAAAAUGAUUAUCGAUUAUUGGAUUGUGCGGCCCUUUAUGGCAAUGAGAAAGAAAUAGGCGAUGGGAUUAAGAAAGCGAUCGAUUAUGGAAUUGUUAAACGUGAUGAUAUUUUCAUCACAUCCAAGUUAUGGAACACUUUUCAUAAAAAAGAACAUGUUAGACCAGCUCUUGAGAGAACCCUUAAUGAUCUUAAAGUAAAAUAUUUAGAUCUUUACUUGAUCCAUUUCCCUAUCUCUUUGAAACAUGUUGAUCCAAAAGAACGUUAUCCUGCUGAUUGGUAUUACGAUACCAAGAAUAAGACUUGCAUUCAAGAAAAUGUCACCAUUAGAGAAACAUGGGAAGCUAUGGAAGAAUUGGUUGAUUCUGGAUUGGUUAGGUAUUUUGUAUGUGUUGAUCCAAAAGAACGUUAUCCUGCUGAUUGGUAUUACGAUACCAAGAAUAAGACUUGCAUUCAAGAAAAUGUCACCAUUAGAGAAACAUGGGAAGCCAUGGAAGAAUUGGUUGAUUCUGGAUUGGUUAGGAACAUUGGAAUUUCUAAUUUUAAUGCAGCGUUGAUAAUGGACUUGUUGAAAUAUGCACGUGUCAAACCAGCAGUUCUACAAAUAGAACAUCAUCCAUACUUGACACAAGAACAAUUGGUAGAUUAUGCAAAAUCUCAAGGUUUGGCAGUGAAUGCCUACUCAUCUAUACGUUCAAGUAGUUAUGGACCGAAAAAAGACGAGAACUCUCCUCAAUUGUUAAAAGAACCUAUAUUGGAACAGAUUGCAAAGAAAUAUAACAGAUCUACUGCUCAGGUGGCACUUCGUUGGGCAGUUCAACGUAAUAUCGUGGUUAUACCAAAGUCAACUAAUCCAAGUAGACUUGUUGAAAAUCAUAAAGUCAUAGAAUUUACUUUGACCGACGAGGAAGUUAAAGCAAUCUCUUCAUUGGACAGAAAAUUAAGAUUCAAUGAUCCCGGUACAACAUUUGGAAUUCCUAUUUUCGCUUGA